AAAUAGAUGUAUACAUGGGAAUAAUCUGAUGAUUUAUUAUUCACACGGCGACGACAUAACCCCAACGCCAGACAGGAUUACAACCACCCCGAGAUAUUCAAAAAAAAUAAACAGGCGAAACUUUGCUAUUCUUUAUUCCUAUCUAUCCCUGUAUCACAUACCCGGAGCGUGUGCAUGGACAAUCCACAGCACUACCAACCGCUUUCCCAUGCACUUCAUCCUCCCGUAGUGCCUACGUACGAGGAGGAGGAAGAAGAGGAAGAGAAUGAAGACGAGGGUGUCGUCGAAGAGCAACUUGAUCGUGAAGACGACGAUCACGAGGUUGGCGUUGGAUCUACACAACAUCAAUCAAGUACAACUGCAGCUGGAAAGCGUGCAGGUACAGCACAACCCGACCCGCCACAAGACUCAGAACGCAAAAGGCGUCCUGGUCGGCCCCGUGGAUCAAAAAACAGACGGUCACGGGCGUCAGCUACUGACUUGAAGGAGCCAGCUAAUUCUACCACAAAGGCAUCCCCACCACAACACGGGUUCUACCAGUAUACCGCCUCUCCUACUCCAGGAGAGAUACAACCACACAAUCAGCAGUAUUAUGAGUUUCAGUGGCGUGUGCUAAACUUAUGUGCAGAGUUCUAUGGAGCGGCUGAAGAGCUUGUUAAAGCUACACCCUCCCUUGUUAUUGCGCAAUGUUACCAGAUGGGCCCUGGCGUGAAAGUAGAUCCCUUGGCCAUGCUUGGUGAAGCGAAAAGAAUAUGCGAUACCCUUUUGGCAUCUCCCUCUCGAUUAACUACACACCCUCCACCUGCACCAUACUUCGUACCUGGUUACGCAGCUCCCAUUCCGCCACCACCGCCGCCGCCACCACCACCCCAACCCCAACCUGGGCCAUCCACAUCCUCUACAAACGGUAAAUCCCCCAUCACUACAGCGCCAGUAAUUUCGGAUCCGCAAUCAUUUGUUGUUUCACUGGGUCAUCAGCAAGCAUACCCAUACGGCGCUCCAGCAUACCCCACCGCACCAUACUAUGGCUAUGGCGGAUACGGGGGUUACUAUCCUCCUGUCCCUCCACCUGGGCCAAGCCCAACACCUGCGACAGGUUCUGCGAGUGGAAGCACAGGAGGUGCUGCGGGAAGUGGUGGAAACCAGGGUGCCUGGUCCGAAGAAGAAACGGAAAGGCUAAAGAAGCUUGCUGAGGAGCACCGUAACGCUAGCGGGGAAAUUAUAUGGGAUGCCCUAUGCGAAAAAUGGGGCAACUCUCGCACGAGACACCAAAUAUUGAUAAAAGCAACCUCGCUAGGGUUGAAAGAGUCCUCGUCACGAGGAACGAAACGAAAACGGGAGACGGAUGGCCAACUUGAGCGCCCUCCACCUACAGCUCCCACACCAACAAGUACAGAUGCUGCCCAUCAGACUCCAGUCCCGAAUACCGUUCCCACGUCUGCUUCUCAAUCCGCACAGGGAGCAUCUGCUUCUCCAACACCUUCAACACCAGCACCAGGGUCCACUCAACCUUCUCCAGCAAUUCGACACGCACAAACGCAGCAGCAACAGCAGCAGCCGCUACUACACCAACAACCGCCAACACGUACUCUCCCAUAUCCAAUGCCGACAGUUGCUGCUACAACCUCACCUGUUAUAUCCACCUCGACGAACCCGAUAGAUCGCCCGGGAAGCGGAAAUUACUAUCGCACACGACCAGCACCUGUGAUGAAACCUGCAUCUUCAGGAUCGACACAUCAGUUCAUGUAUCAGCCGAACGGAGGGCGCCGAGAUGGUUAAUUGACAUGUUUUUACUGAUUUUACCCCUUGGCCGGGAGUCCUUUGCUCAAUAAUUUGCUAUCUUACUUUUUGAUACCGAUGCAGCUCAGUGCAGACACUAGUUUUCUACGUGUAGAUAUCGCGUAUAUGGUCGGUCGACGUGUUGUGCUUUUUGCAGACCCUGUAUUCACCUGUCUAGAAUUAUCGUAAAAUCAUUUUGUUGCGACCGCGCAGGGCUCGCGGACUUUGUAUUGGGAAUAAGUUCUAUAGUUCGAGCAAAUAAAAUAUGCGAGUAAUAUGCCCAGUA